AUGAUUCCGGAGCGCACCACCCGGCUGAGCCUGGGGCUCUGGCACCCCCUGCGGGUGACGCGGCUGUCACACCGCGUGUCCCCGCGGCCGCUCCUGUCCCGGGCUCGCCGCGACUGGCUAUCCCUGGACGAGCACACGGCGCCUGAGGGGGAGCGGCCAAGGCCCCGCCCCAGCCCCGCGCAUGCGCGGCGCCGACCCGGCAAAAUGGCGGAGCUGGAGGAGCCGAGGCGGCGGAUCCCGCUGGUGCCGGAGAACUUGCUGAAGAAGAGGAAGGCGUACCUGGCCAUCAAGGCCACCCAGGCCAAGCAGGCGCUGCUCAACAAACGCAAGCAGCAGAAGGGGAAGCAGAUCCAGUUCAGGCGCCUGGAGACGUUUGUUCGGGACUCGUGGCGCAAACGCCGGGAUGACACGCGCCUGAGGCGCAUGGAGCAGAGGCCUGGGCCGGCAGCAGCACCACAGGAGAGCAAACUGGCCUUCGCCGUGAGGAUUGUGGAUAUUAAGGGAGUGACCAAGAGGGUGAGAAAAGUGAUUGAGUUGCUGCGGCUGAAGAAGAAUUACACCGGGGUGUUUGUGAAGCUGAGCCCGCUGUCGCUGAAGAUGCUGCGGAUCGUGGAGCCUUACGUGGCGUGGGGACAGCCUAACCUGAAAUCUGUACGAGAGCUCAUCCUGAAACGGGGCCAAGCCAAGAUCAAGAAAAAGAGGGUGCCUCUGACAGACAACAUGCUGAUAGAGGAACAUUUAGGGGGCUGUGGUAUCAUUUGCCUGGAAGACCUUAUUCAUGAAAUCUACUCAACUGGGAAGUAUUUCAAGAGAGUGACCAGCUUUCUGUGGCCGUUCCAUCUGUCGGUGGCUCGGCACGCGUCGCGGAACAGAGUGGGUUUCCUCAAGGAGAUGGGCAAGCCUGGGUUCAGAGGGGAUGCCAUCAACCAGCUCAUCCGUCAGCUCAACUAGUCAGGGUUUUUGUGAAAACUUCAGGAUCUGACCUGGUCCUUUUCACGUAAACCUUUCAUGGACAUUAUCUACAUGCAGUGAUCUGUAUGCAACUUCUCUUGACUGCUGGUGCCUCUAUAAAAGAAGUACAGAGAUGAUGAUGGAGAUGGACUUUGAGCUGGCCCUUCUUAAAGAAGAUGAUGAAUUCUGUUUGGUACAAGAAUGAGCUUCUUGGAGCAAUUUCACUUUUGCAUCUCUGUAAAAUAAGUGGUUUUUAUGCUCACUACUGCGGACUUCACUCUUUGAUGUGCACCUGCUUCUGGGGGUGAAGGGGUAGUGGAGUCACAAUUGUGCUGACAGGCAAAAGAAAACACCAAGGUAUUCUUCUGUCACAGCAGCACAAGCCCUAGCAGUGAAUCAUUUCCCUUUUUCAGUACCUAAAUUGUAUUUAUUUUUAAAAAAUUAAAGGGUUUUGUGUUCCUGA